UGGCCGGGACGCUGGGGCUCCCAGCAAGUCUAGGGAGGCACUGGGAAAACACUCUUUCUUAUCUAAAGGCCCCAUUUGGGGGGUUCCCCCUGCGCCUCGGCCUUCCCCCACCGUGCCCCUGGGAGGGUGGGCCUUCCCCCACCGUGCCCUUUCUUGCCUCUUCUACUGGGAGGAGGCCGAGGGGGGCUUCUUCUUGCCUCGUCUACCGUCCCCAGUCCCUGCUUGUCUCAAGGUGUGGUCAACUCAUCUGGAGGGGCAGUCUUUAGGGUCUCCCUGGUGCAAGGAGCGCCCCCCCCCCCCCACUCCGCUUCUCCCUGAGCUUGGUGUGGGGUUUGCGGAGAGACGAUGUGAAGCAAAUCCUAGAGGUGGCAAGGGGCUUGCUGCUCUGCCCUCUGUUGGGGGCUGAGGUGCUUUUCCCCCUAGAGCUCCCUGGUGCCCACAGUGUUCCAGGCACCUCAGGUUGCUGGGUCCUGGGACUUCAGGUCCCUGGUGUGAGUUGUGGGGCCUCCCACAUCCCAGAGCGGCUCUGGGCGGCCCUGCUAGAUGCUUCACUGAUGGGGGACUCCCUCAGCUGCUGAGCAGCCCACAGCUCUUUGGGCAUCUCCGUGGAAGCUGAGGCCGGCACUGCGGUCUUUCCCCACUUUGCAGCUGUCAAGGAGUCAGGCAGACCCCUGGCCAGUGCUGCCCUCUGAUGGAAAGUCAAGUCCUCCUCCCAGCCUUGGGGAGGACUUUCUGAGGGUGCCCUGUAGCACCUGGGGCUCCCUGGGAAAUCUGGGCAGCUGCUUCUAUUUGAAGGGAAGGUAGGGAUGGAGCAGAAAGACGCUGAAAUUCAGAACUCCUGGCAUUAGGAUGGUCUGAGAAAUCUAAGUUUACCUCCCGCCGGUGGACGCUGGCUGUAGGUAAGACUCCCUGAGGCUGAAGAUCCCUCUGUGGUGUGCUGGGCAGACCCUUCUUGGUUCUGCCAGGCUUAUUGUGGGAGCCCUGCCUAGGCUUCCUGAGGGGGCUGUCCCUUUCUGACAUGAGGCUAGAGUUAUAAUUUCCAAACCUCUGUGCUGAACAGCAGUGCUGGGCAAGGCCAGGAGUGGGAUUCAGCCAACUUCCUCCUUACCCUUUCUGCUCUCCCAGCUGCACCACCCCUGGCACAGCUGCUGGCAGACCCUACAUGGGGGUCAUCAGGGAAGACUCCCUUCCCUCUGUGUGGACAGAGCUUUCCCCUGCUCACCUGCACCGUAGCCAGAACUGCCUGCCACUGCGACAGUGCCUCUCUAUUCUAGGACCAAGGCCUUUGGGGGGAGGUGACUCGGUGCUGGGAACCACACUAAAUGUAUAAUGAUCGCCAGCAGACUUGGAGGUUGGGGGACAGGCUAUGAGGUAAGAGACUGAGAAUUUGGUCUGGGGGACCCAAGUGAGAAUUUCUUUCCACAUCCUUUCCUCCCCAAUCUCCCAGUGAGUCAGGUUUCCGAGUUGUCCGGUCUGGCCACUUUCGUUUCCCCUGGUGCUGGGUGGAGGCUGGUACAGAAAGGGGAACUGAGCCACCCAUCUUCUGAGCCUGGGGGCAGGACUGAAAGCUCUCCCACCCUCCCUGCUGCUUCGAGAGGCCUGCAGUUGGAGACGCCUCAGCAGGAGGUGGCACUUAGCUCCAGCCCAGAAAGACCCCUUUGCCAUGAACCAACCUGCUCCCGGAGCCCCGCCGCCCCGCCGCGUGAGGCUGAAGCCCUGGCUGGUGGCCCAGGUGAACAGCUGCCAGUACCCAGGGCUUCAGUGGGUCAAUGGUGAAAGGAAAUUCUUCUCCAUCCCUUGGCGCCACGCCACUAGGCACGGCCCCAGCCAGGACGGAGAUAACACCAUCUUCAAGGCCUGGGCCAAGGAGACGGGGAAGUACACGGAGGGGGUGGACGAGGCCGAUCCGGCCAAGUGGAAGGCCAACCUGCGCUGUGCCCUUAACAAGAGCCGUGACUUCCGCCUCAUCUAUGACGGGCCCCGGGACAUGCCGCCUCAGCCCUACAAGAUCUACGAGGUCUGCUCCAACGGCCCUGCUCCUGCAGAGUUCCAGCCCAGUGAGGAUUACACUUGUGGGGCCGGAGAGGAGGAGGAGGAGGAAGAGGAAGAGCUCCAGAGGAUGCUACCAAGCCUGAGCCUCACAGAAGCAGUGCAGCCUGGCGCCCCCAUGGCACCCUAUUCUUUACCCAAAGACGAUGUUAAGUGGCCACCCACGCUCCAGCCGCCUAUAGUGCUGGGCCCUCCUGCUCCAGACCCCAGAGUCCUGGGCCCUGCCCCUGAUGACCCUGCUGCCUUUAGGCAGCUUCUCCCGGAGGUACUGCCAAGCCUGCAGCCUGACUCUCUAGCUGCCAGCCUGCCACCCACUGGCGAACAGCUCCUGCCUGACCUGCUGAUCAGCCCCCACAUGCUGCCUCUUACCGACCUGGAGAUCAAGUUCCAGUACCGGGGACGGCCACCCCGCGCCCUUACCAUCAGCAACCCACAUGGCUGCCGGCUCUUCUACAGCCAGCUGGAGGCCACCCAGGAGCAGGUGGAGCUCUUCGGCCCUGUGAGCCUGGAGCAGGUGCGCUUCCCCAGCCCCGAGGACAUCCCCAGCGACAAGCAGCGUUUCUACACGAACCAGCUGCUGGAUGUCCUGGACCGCGGGCUCAUCCUCCAGCUCCAAGGCCAGGAUCUGUACGCCAUCCGCCUGUGCCAAUGCAAGGUGUUCUGGAGCGGGCCCUGCGCCUCGGCGCACAGCUCGCAGCCCAACCCCAUCCAGCGGGAGGUCAAGACCAAGCUCUUCAGCCUGGAGCACUUUCUCAACGAGCUCAUCCUGUUCCAGAAGGGGCAGACCAACACCCCACCACCAUUCGAAAUCUUCUUCUGCUUUGGGGAGGAGUGGCCUGACCGCAAACCCCGAGAGAAGAAGCUCAUCACUGUACAGGUGGUGCCCGUAGCAGCUCGGUUGUUGCUGGAGAUGUUCUCAGGGGAGCUCUCCUGGUCAGCUGAUAGUAUCCGGCUACAGAUCUCAAACCCAGACCUCAAAGACUGCAUGGUGGAGCAGUUCAAGGAGCUCCAUCACAUCUGGCAGUCCCAGCAGCAGCUGCAGCCUGUGGCCCAGGCCCCUCCUGCUGGCGAGGGGCCCUGGCCAAUGCACCCGGUUGGCAUGCAGUAAGGCUGCACACAGAGACUGAAACAGGAUUCCUGGAAGCUAAGUGGACUGACACGGAGGUGUGGCAGCCCCACUGGGCACCUGCCUGGCGGCAGGGUCUUACCUCUGGGUCUCCUGGAUGUAGAUUUGGGCCAAGAAGGAGAGGGAGAGAGGCCCGAGUUCCAGGUUCUCCCUGUAGAAGCUGAGGGAACCUGGAAGCCACUUUUGCUUUGGGAGCUCUGUCUUCCGGACAUGUCUCUCCUCUGCUAGCUCUGGUCUGCUGGCUGUGGAGGAAUUCAGCCAACAACACUGGUGAGCAGGGAAGGACCUCCCCCGACGCCAGGGGCCUAAUUGUACAGGGGAAAUUGCCCCAGAGUGCCCCCAUUUCCUCUGAUUGAAAGCCUAGUGCUCUGUGCCAGCUCCCCCUGGCAGGGCCUCAGCAGGGCAUGGGCCUGAUUUGGAGGUUCCCUAGUUUGAGCCUCACUUCUUCAUCUUUCUCCUUCCCGAGACAGAUAUGAGCACUUAAGUAUUAUACCAGAUACUUAAGGCUGGCAGCUACCUCCUUUCUUGAGAGUCCAAAAACCUGGGGUAAAAAGUGGAAUCUUAUGUAUUUUUGAAUUAAUAAAUGUU